ACCUCCGUUGACAAUUUCAUCUUGUCGCUCUUGCGUUUCGACACGUACCCUCUGCCAAACGCGCAACUUCCGUAACUUCUCAGGUACAACAACAUUAACACCAGCAACAUUUCUGAUUUGGUCGACGCUCGUAUUUCCACCGCAAAGAACCAGCCUCUUCAGGAGUACUAUCCAUCAUGUUGGGAAUAUCCUAUUGGGUUGUGCCCAUAAUCUCUGGAGUAGUAUGGGGCGCCAUGCUUAUCACGAUGCUUGUGUACUGGGCCACGACGGGCAAGCCGCAUUACGUUACGAUGAGCGAGGGCCAGAAUAUUCCCUACAUCUCUGAUAUCGGCGCGGACACACUCAAACCAAUGUUCAUUGCGAUGUCUGCAGUAACAGUCGUUGCGUUUGACCUGGCCUUUCUCUUCGAGCGUUAUCUUCGUCACACAGGCAAACUGGCUGCGAACACUUCCCACUGGCAGAAAAUCUACUCGCUAUGCGCUACCCUCGCCGCGAUCGCUGGUGCAGCUGGUCUCAUUCUCCUCACUAUCUUCGACUGCAAGAACCACAACAGGUUGCAUAACAUUUUUCUGUGUGUGUUUAUUGGAGGUUACAUCAUCAGUGCAAUCUUCAUCUGCUGGGAGUACCAGCGCUUGGGGAUACACUACCGUGAGCACUCAGUUCUGCGCUACUCCUUCUGGAUCAAGCUCUUCUUCAUCAUCGCUGAGAUCGCGCUUGUCGUCGCCUUUGGAUCCAUGUCCAAACUCAACCACUGGAACACGGCUGCUGUGCUUGAGUGGCUCAUCUCCUUUGUUUACGUCGCAUUUGUCCUCAGCUUCUUCAUCGACUUCCUCCCCGUCAUCCGCACAAAGAACACCCAAAGCUACCAGACAGAGAUGCAAGCAGCAGAGGAGGGUGGAUCGACACAAAACCUCGGCUACAACGCGGCGGAUAGCCAACAAUACUACCGCGGACAGCCCACAAACGCGAUUCCCCUGGCCAACGGUCAUGGCAACCAUCAUGCGAACAGCCACUCCAACGGUCACACGGAUAUCUACGUGCCGCAUGUUGGAGACGUCAACCCCCAAAACGGACACGUUCACGGUAAUGGGCACCAUGCUCACAACAACGGCUACACCAACGGAAACGCUGGGUACCCAAAGCCAACGGACCAAGCCCCUCUCGCGUCGAGGAACUUCUAAUUUCCACUUGAUAAU